AUGUCUGUAAACGAAAGUGCCACCAGCAUCCCUGCGGCGGACCCAGCACCUGCAGCGGCCCCCAGAACCAUUGUGGACCCGGAAACGACCAUUUUUGUAGGUAAUGUGGCUCGUGAUUGCGAUGAAUCCGACCUAUCACAGGUGUUUGAGGAAGAGGUGGAGGUUGAAAUCCCUUCGGUGAAGAGCGGGAGAACCUUCAAGCAACGGUACGCAUUUGUCAAGUUCCCUGGCAAGAUCGAUUUCGACGCUUUGAAGGCUAAGUACGACAAAACCGUUGUCAAGGAGAGAGGAAUCUACAUCAGACGCGCUCAAACCGAGGAAGAGCGCGACCUGAAACGCAAAGCCAGGGCCAACAGGCCCAAAAAGCUCAACAAGAGCAAAGACAGUUCAACAAAGACGGCCGUAGAUUCGGGCACGGUUGCAGCUGAUUCGACUGCCACUGAGGCUGCUUCCUCUGCCGGUGACGGUGAAGAUGACAGUGCUGCUCCUGCUGGUCGUCCAGAAAAAGGAACUUCAAAAAACCCGGUGAGAUCGGCUAUUCCGGCCCCUCCCAAGAGACAAGAUAGACCAAGAGCGCCUCUCGAGUCUAUGGAAAGAUCUGCGGACACUCUUUAUGUCAAUAAUGUUCCCUAUAUGGCUACCAAAGAACAAGUGGCGGAAUUUUUUGGCACCAAACCUGAGCUCGUGGUUUUGCCCCUCAGAAGAAUGCGUAACGUCAAAACUAAACAGUUCUUCUACUCCAAGAGGAUGAAUAGAGGCAUUGCCUUUGUUACCUUCCAAAACUGCUCUGACAUUGCACAAAAGGUUGUCGAAUUCCAAGGUAAGUCCUUUAACGACCGUGAGCUCGCCGUCGAUGUCGCUGCUUUAAAGCCCCCUCGUGAAGAGGUGUCGGCUGAGCAAGUUCAACCAACUGCGGCCGACUCCAACCAAGACGAAUUGUCAACGGCUGCUUGA